AUGACGACUGACCCGAUUGAAAUGAGACAACAUGCCGUAAGCUUCUACAGCGCCCUCUUCAGGAAGGAGGACAACCACAUAGAGAGUGUUGACGAGCUGCUUCAGGACCUUCCUCAGCUGGGCCCCGAGGACAGAGCUGUCCUGGACGCCAACAUCUCCCUGGAGGAGCUGACCGCUGCUGUGGGUCAGAUGGCUGCUGGGAGAGCUCCUGGACUGGACGGACUGCCUGCGGACUUCUAUAAACACUUCUGGAAGUGUUUGGGAGCCGACCUGUGGGAGGUGCUGCAGGAGUGUUCACAGCGGCCCUCGCUGGUGGUGUCAGCAUAUGCUGAUGAUAUUUAUGUGUUCGUCAAAGACCAGAGUGAUAUCCAGUUCCUAGGUAACAGUUUAGAUUUGUUUGAGAGGGCAUCUUCAGCAAAGGGCCUGAUUAAAGACAUCCAGAGGGCAGUUGUGGACUUCUUCUGGUCAGGGCUUCACUGGCUGAGAUCUGCGGUGCUGUACCUGCCGGUCCAGGAGGGAGGGCAGGGCCUGGUGGACAUCGCAUCACAAAUCACAGCCUUCAGACUGCAGACAGCUCAGAGACUGCUGUACAGCUUCGGCCUGCCAUGGACUGAUACUGCCUGUGUGCUGCUGAGGAGGGCCGGACGCUUAUGUUAUGACAAACACCUGUUCCUGCUCCAGCCCCAGUCAGUGGAUUUAACUGGUCUGACACCGUUCUAUCAGUCCGUCUUACAGGCGUGGCAGGUUUUUACAGUCCAUCGGAGAGCUGUGACGACACCAGGGAUGUGGCUCUUUGAGGAGCCGCUUUUUGGAAGCAGCUACUUCACAUCCCAGGUCCUGACGUCCGUCAGCCUGAGAUCCAGACUGAGAGAGGCUGGCUGUGUGAAGCUGGGUCAUCUGAUGAAGACCUCCGUCCCUCAACUAGCGGAGCUGAUCAACAUCCGGUCCAGCAGGCUGCUGCUCAGGCUGGUGGAGGAGGUCUGUGCUUCCCUACCAGAAGUCCUCAGAGCGUUUGUUGGAGACCGUACACUAUCUGACCAAUGGGACGAUGAAUGUGAGUAUGUCUUCCCACCCCUGGCUGUCUGUCCUGCUGUGGGACAGUGGGAGGAUGAGGAGGACAUCCUGCUGUCUCUAAAGACACCCCAGUUGGGGGACUUUGAGACUCUGGGGAGGAAAGCAGCGUAUCAGGUCAGUGUGAAGGUCUCUAACUUGCGCUCUCUGGCAGGAGUGAGGGUGUCGAGGUGGACCGAGUUUUUUUGCAGGGGAUCCUCCCCAAGGGGCUGUUGGCGGUCCCUGUACAAACCCCCUGUAGACAAACGGACAGGAGACCUCCAGUGGAGGAUUUUACAUGGGGCCAUAGCUACAAACAGGUAUCUGGUGCACCUGGAUCCUGGCUCAGGGGACAGCUGUCCUUUCUGCUCGUUGACAGAAACCGUCCACCAUCUGUUCGUUGAGUGCUCCAGACUGGUACCUGUCUGUCUCUCAGAGGUUCUGGUGAACACCAAGUUGGAAACGUCGGACCUUCGAUGGACGAACCAUCCGGCUGAAGAUUCUCAGUGGGAGGAGCUCAGCGGAGUGGACGACGAGUCGAACAGCGUGAGGACCUAUGAGAUCUGCACCCGGAACAGUCCGUCCUCCUAUUGGCUGAGGACACGGUGGAUCCCCAGAGGGGCGGCGACCACGCUCUACGUGGAGAUCAGGUUCACGAUGGUGGAGUGUGCCAGUCUGAACAGCCGUCACUGUAAGGAGACCUUCAACCUGUACUACUACCUGUCAGACAGCGAUGAGGCCACCCCCACCCACCCGUCCUGGAUGGAGAACCCGUACACUAAGGUGUCCACGGUGGCGGCGGACCACCUGAUGACGAGAGGAGAACGUCGCUCCAACGUGAAGGUUCUGCGUCUGGAGCCCCUGAAGGGGGCGGGGCUCUACCUGGCGUUCCGUAGUGAGGGCGCCUGCAUGGCGCUGCUCUCUGUACGCGUCUUCUACAGGAAGUGCCCCCCCCUCCAGCGAGCCUUCGCCUCGUUCCCCGAAACCGUCCCCCACUCAUUGGUGGAGCAGGCUCAGGGUGUGUGUGUGGAGAACGCUGUGACUCCGCCCGGAGAGCAGUCUCGACCUCCCAGCAUGCUUUGCGGUGAGGAUGGGCAGUGGGUGGGGCAGCCCACGUCCAGCUGUGCCUGUCGCCCCGGAUACGAGGCGGGUGAGACCGAUGUGCGCUGUCGAGCGUGUCCCUCGGGUCAGUUUAAGGCGGGUUCAGGACCCGGUGUGUGUGGACCGUGUCCCGACCGGAGCAACACUCUGAUCCCAGGCUCCGCCUACUGCCUCUGUCACCAUGGUUAUCACCGAGCCGACUCUGACCCGCCGCACGCCUCCUGCACACGCCCCCCCUCCUCCCCCCGCUCCAUCGUGAGCCAGAUCAACGACUCAUCGGUGACUCUGGAGUGGAGCGAGCCUCUGGACCGGGGGGGACGAGCAGACCUGGUCUACAGAGUCCUCUGCUCCAUCUGUGGGACCGCAUCUAAGGCAUUGGUUGGUUCCUGUUCCCCGUGUGAUGACAGCGUUCUGUACCGUCCGGCUCAGCGUGGUCUGACUCAGCGCCGUGUCACCGUGUGGGGACUCCGCCCACAAACCAAGUACACCUUCACCGUCCAAUCACUGAGCGGAGUCUCUGCUCUCAGCCAAUCAGAGCCGGCCUCGGACAGAGUCAACGUCACCACCAGCAGAGACGUUCCUCUUCCAGUCUCCGGUCUAAAGAGGGUGGCGGCCUCAGAGUCCAGUUUGUCUCUAGAGUGGAACGUUCCGGUUCUACAGAACCAGUUCAUCGUACUGGACUACCAGCUACGCUACAGCCCCAAGGAGGGGGAGGGGGCGGGGCAGUGGCAGUACGUCUCCAGCAGGUCUUCUUCUGUGGUGGUUUCUGGGCUCCAGAGGGCCGUGAGGUAUCAGGUUCAGGUCAGAGCUCGAUCACAGGCCGGAUACGGAUCCUUCAGUCCGGAGGGGAGCUUCAACACACUACCUGAUGGUGUUGGUUCUCACCUGGUGGUGACGGCAGUUCUCGUCUCCAUGGGGAUUCUGAUGCUCAUCACCACGGCGAUACUGGCUCUGUACUGCUACCGCAGGAGAGUGAAGGACUCUGAACAGAGUGAUAAAAGUGGACACUACCAGAUGGGACAGACGAUGAAGGUGUACAUCGACCCGUUUACGUACGAGGACCCAAACGAGGCGGUGAGAGAGUUCACCAAAGAGAUCGAGGCGUCUUUUGUGAAGAUCGAGGAAGUGAUCGGAGCAGGUGAGUUCGGCGAGGUGUGUCGAGGUCGGCUGAGGGUCCCGGGCAGGAAGGAGAACUACGUGGCGAUCAAGACGCUGAAGGGCGGCUACACUGACAAACAGAGGCGGGACUUCCUGUCGGAGGCAUCCAUCAUGGGUCAGUUCCAGCACCCCAACAUCAUCCACCUGGAGGGCGUCAUUACCACUUCCUGUCCCGUCAUGAUCCUCACUGAGUUCAUGGAGAACGGAGCGCUGGACAGUUUCCUGAGGGUGAAUGACGGACAGUUCACCACCAUCCAGCUGGUGGGGAUGCUGAGGGGCAUCGCAGCCGGCAUGAAGUACCUGUCUGUCAUGAGCUUCGUCCACAGAGACCUGGCAGCUCGAAACAUCCUGGUCAACUCCAACCUGGUCUGUAAGGUGUCAGACUUUGGUCUCAGCAGGUUCCUGACUGAGAACUCUUCUGACCCAACGUACACCAGCUCUCUGGGAGGAAAGAUUCCUAUUCGCUGGACGGCUCCUGAAGCCAUCGCCUACAGGAAGUUCACGUCAGCCAGUGAUGGGUGGAGCUACGGCAUCGUCAUGUGGGAGGUGAUGUCAUACGGAGAGCGGCCAUAUUGGGACAUGAGCAACCAGGACGUGAUUAACGCCAUAGAGCAGGACUACCGUCUCCCUCCCCCCCCAGAGUGCCCCGCCUCCCUCCACUCCCUCAUGUUGGACUGUUGGCAGAAGGAACGAGCCAAUCGGCCGAGGUUCUGCGACGUGGUCUCUGCUCUCGAUAGGCUGAUCCGAAACCCUGCCUCCCUGAAGGUGACGCUCCCAGAGGGCCGCAGUGUGUCUCAGCCCCUGUUGGACCAGCGUCUCCCCCCGUCUCUCUCGUCCUGUGGUUCUGUCUCUGAGUGGCUUCGAGCCAUAAAGAUGGAGCGAUACGAGCCGAGCUUCCUCCAGUCGGGGUUCACGAGUCUGGAGGUCGUCUCUCAGCUCAACACCGACGACCUGCUCAGAGUGGGCGUGACCCUCGCCGGACACCAGAAGAAGAUCCUCUCCUCCAUCCAGACGUUCAGGGUACACAAAGCCCCGCCCACUCUGCUCUACUGACCAAUCCCAGCCCUGCCUUCGUACUGUCCAAAAAAACCACUACAUUCAGGAGGACGCUGAGCCACGCCCACUUGUUUUUUUAACCACUGAACAUUUUGACCAAUCAGAGCGAGCACGAAGGACCGGUGAGACUCCGCCUCCUUGGUGGUCGGACCAAUGAGACUGUGACGUUUAAGAAGCACAAAACAACGUACGGUUACUGUCCUCUCUGUACGCUUAAUUAUGUUUGAGUCCGGUGCAACAGCACUCCGCCCUUCUUAAUCCCACCAAUCAGAGUUCACCACAGCGAGCACCUGGUUGGUCGACUCUCAGGUGCUGCCAGACCUCCACCACUCAGGUAAACCUAAGCUCCUCCUCCUUGGCCAGGUGUUUUUAUAAUCAUGCUUCGAACCCUGGACUCACCGACCAAUCGGCAUCUGACACAGUAGGGACGUCGGUCUCUUAUUGGACAGAGAGGUGUUUUAACGGCUCCCCCUUUGGCCCUGCUGUUAUCGCCCCGCCCACUUCAUGAAAGCACAGCUGGGAUUGGUUCCCCUGAAUUCUGACCUCUACUGGAUUCUAUUAAACAAACAAAACCCUUUUACCGGAUCAGCUGAUGAUCAAAACAAACCGCUGCCACUACGACUGCAGAGAACCGAGAGAACCCCGGGAUGGACCGAAGGGGGUUCUGGUCCUGAUCGACCGGGUCAAAGUUAAAUAUCAUCAUGGAAACAUCUCCAUAGUCCACUAGGGUUAUAUUCUGUGAGGAGUUCUGGAGGAACGUGUGGAACAAACUCACAGGAAAUUCCAAAAAGAGUGUUGAUCUCCAUCGAUGUGUGAUUAUUGAUCUGAGGGACAUCAGGAGGUCCAGACGGGAUCAAUAUUCUGUUACGUCCACGUGUCCUGGUGAAGUUUCACCAUCAAAACUCUUCAUGAUCUGUGAGGAAUAUUAUGGGAUGGCCUCGGAAUACAGAGGUGAACCUUUUGAGCGAAUCUUCUUGAAUUUGUUGAGAUUAACGAACAUCUGGUGGAAAACGUCCAAAAUGAAUGUGAUUCUUCAGGUCUGUGGACUACUGGGAGACCUUCAGGUCCCGUUGGAGAACUCUCAGAAGGACUAUGAGUUUCUUCAUGUCCACAUACGCUGGAUUCUUUAAGAUGUAAAAUUACUCAAGUGUAUUUUAUUGAACCCAUUGUGAGGUAUCUAGUACUGUUUUUAAACCUUAAAGUGAAUCAUUUAUACAAUCAAACACUAGCCGGUCCAGAACCGGUGGUCCGUCUGGAGUAAUGUCACUUUCUGAACAGAACCACUGCAGAUUUAAGCUGAUUUCACAGUUAAAAAGCAGUUUUUAACAAGUUCCUGAUCCUGGACUGUUGGAUCUGGUUCAGGUUUGAGGACGAGGAGAGACAUAUUGAAUUGUAGAAGUGAUGGUUUUGUAUUUUAGCACUUUUUGUACUUUCUGAUAUUUGAUCAUGUUUAAAGUAGAUACCAAUGUUUUUAUACUGACGACAUUUUGUAAAGAAAAAAGAAAAAGAACAAAAGCAGAUUUGUCUUGUAUUUCAAAAUGUCUCUGAGACCAAAGAGGACCAGUUAUCAGAGUCACCAGACCUGUUUAGAUCUCUAGACCAGGUCUGGAACCAGGAGGCUCCUGAACCAUCAGAGCCAUCGAUUCUUAUUAAGAACUUAUUAUUGUCAGCUGUCUCUGUCAGCCAAUCACAAUAAAGAUGAACCGUCCAGCCAA